UAUUGCACGUGUCAAUAAUGUUUGGGAUCAAGUGACCCCUUGCGAGGCGCGCGGAAGUCUAUUAACGGGAAUCGUUCUCCGGUGAGCAGAGUUUAGACUUUCAAGUAUCGCAGCUGAAGUUUGACGCAGAAUAAAAGUCCCUUGUCUGUUUUGAGGCCUGUGUGGUGAGAUGGAGUGGCGAGAACAGACCAGUGUGACCUGUGAAGACGCCUUCACUGAGGCUCAACGGUGGAUGGAGGAAGUGACAAAUAAAUCAUUCGGAAGCAACAACUUCCGCUCUGCUCUGGAGAAUGGAGUCCUGCUCUGCCAUCUAAUCAACCAGUUGAAACCAGGCCUUAUUAAGAGGGUGAACACGCUGUCUACUCCAAUGGCCGGACUGGACAAUGUGAAUGUGUUUCUGAGAGCGUGUGGUACACUCGGUCUACACGAGGCUCAGCUGUUUCAUCCUGGAGACCUGCAAGACCUGUCCACACGCGCUACACUCAGGUGUGCAGAGAGCGAAAGGAGGCUGAAAAACGUUCUAAUCACCAUCUACUGGCUGGGUCGGAAGGCCCAGGCGGAUCCCUUCUACUCUGGCCCUCAGCUCAACCUCAAAGCAUUCGAGGGACUACUGGGCAUCGCUCUGUCCAAGGCUCUAGAAGAAACCCCCAGAGGCAGUGUAACAGACAGGGACUACAGUGACGUGAUCUACCCAGAGAGGGAUGAUGAGCUGCUGCCUCUAACCCGGUCCCAGACACCCGGCUACAGCAGAGAGGACUCCGUAGAGAGCUUGAACUCGGCCCUGAGCUUUGACUCGGCGGAGUCCCGUACCCUCAGCUGUAUCUCUGACUCCAUCCUGAGGGCCGGCAGCGAGGACUCCAGCAGUGACGUGGAGGCGGAGAACUCUUUAGGAUGAAGGCGGCCGGGGGUAGAGAAUCGGGACUGAGGAACUGGGGCAACGUACCUGCACCCUUCCAGAGGAAGACACGUGAGGAAAACC